AUGCCGAAGGCUAUCACCAUCCAGAAAACCGAGGGGAAACCUGGACAAGUUUAUUACCCUCUCUCCCUCAAAGAUGUGCCAACGCCCACACCUGGUCCCCACGACCUAUUCAUCACCCUCCAUGCUGCUGCCCUGAAUCACCGCGACUUCUUCCUCCGCCAACAUCUCUACCCUUCCCCGUCGUUCGAAGUUCCUCUCCUCGCCGACGGCGCCGGUAUCGUAACCUCAGUCGGGUCCGCCGCCUCAAAGUCCUGGCUCGGGAAGAAAGUCCUCCUUGUCCCCGGACGAGGCUGGAAGGACUCACCAGAUGGCCCCGAGUCACCUGAGGGAUAUGGAAUCCUCGGCGGGACAACUACAUGCGAAUUGGGUACGGCACAGGAGGUGAUAUGUGUCCAUGAGGAUGAGGUGGAAGAGGUGCCAAGUCAUUUGAGCAGCGUGGAGGCGGCGGCCCUGCCCUUAGUCGGACUGACCGGUUGGCGGGCGCUCGUAACCAAGAGUGGUAAUGCUGAAGCUGGAAGAAACCUUCUGAUUACAGGCAUUGGAGGUGGUGUUGCAUUGGCUGUGCUGCAAUUUGCAGUCGCAAUAGGAAUGAAUGUGUAUGUGACGAGUGGAGGAAAGGACAAGAUUGACAAGGCCGUCGAAUUGGGUGCAAAGGGAGGCGUGAGUUAUAAAACCGACGGAUGGGAGAAGGAGUUAAGAAAGAUGCUGCCAAAGGACAGACCUCGUCUUGAUACAAUUAUUGAUGGCGCAGGUGGCAAUAUUGUCUCCAAGGCUACCAGGCUGUUGAGGCCUGGCGGGGUUAUCGUCCAAUACGGCAUGACUGUGGGCCCCAAGAUGGAUUGGUCAAUGGCCGCCGUCUUAUCCAAUCUCGAAUUACGAGGUUCGACCAUGGGCUCUCGCAAGGAGUUUAGAGACAUGGUUGCAUUUGUUCAGGAGAAGAAGCUCACGCCAGUUAUCUCAAGGGUGGUGAGAGGAUUGGAUAACCUCAAAGACAUCAAUGAGCUGUUUGAGGAUAUGAGAAACGGCACGCAAUUCGGGAAGCUGGUUAUCGAAAUCGCUCAAGAUGGCAGCGGAAAUAGCAGCAAGUUGUAG